ACCUUUAAUUUGGUUUGCCAAAAACGCCAAAAAAACCACCAGAAGAAGAAUGUUUGUUUAUGUCGUUGCUGUUGAAAACGUCUACUCUGUAUAAAUCAGUGGCCAAACCUGCUUUCUGUCCGAUUCCCGUCUUCAUUUUGUAAGACGGAGGACGUAUCCACGCGGAGACGCGCUCGCCUCACUGAUUGGCUGAUCCUCUGCCUCAUUUGCAUAUGACGCUCAGACAUAAAUACGGAACUCUUGGUGUAGAAAGAAGCUAUUUCUGCUGCGCAACACGGACCAGAGAUUCGCUCUUACACGCUGUUUCUCGCAACAAUGUCGAUGACAGUGAAAGCAUACGUUAUCGGCAAGGACGACUGCCACAAGGAGAUCCGCCGCUUCGGCGUGGAUCAGGACGUAUCAACAAGUUUUGAGUAUUUGAAGCAAAAAGUGCUGGAUGUUUUUGUCGGUCUCAGGAAUGCGUCCUUUCAGAUGUACUACAAAGAUGAAGAUGGUGACCUAAUUGCUUUCUCCUCUGAUGAUGAGCUAAUGAUGGGGUUGUCUCUUGUGAAGAAUGACACCUUCCGUCUCUACAUCAAGCAAAAAAAGGAGCACAAACAUGAUUCCUCACCUCACGGGAGCUUUGGGUUCUCAUUCAGCCCGCCUCAUGGAGCCCCCCACUUUAGCCCCCCAGGUUUUAAUCAUAUGGGUCCUCCUCCAAUGGGACCCCAAGCACCUCCUCAUAUGGGUCCUCCUCCACAUCAUCACCCUCCUCCUCCAAUGGGACCCCAAGCACCUCCUCAUAUGGGUCCUCCUCCCCAUCAUCACCCUCCUCCUCCACAGUUCCAUCAGAUGCCGCACCCAGGGGUGACCUGUAAGGGGUGCGAUGGGCCAGUAACUGGAACACGUUUCAAGUGCACCAUUUGCCCUAAUUAUGACUUGUGCUCCUCCUGCCAGAGCACAGGCCUCCACAAGGAGCACAUUCUCCUGCCCAUCUUUCACCCGAUCCCCGACAUGUCUGAGUGGUUCCCUCAUGGGAAGUUUUGGCCCAAGAUGAGACCCUGCAGGUGGGCAAAUGCUCAGGCUCAGGGCUCCAACCAGGCUCAUGCUUAUGCUCAGGCCUCAAGCCAGGCUCAGCCAGGUCUGUCUAGAGCCCAGCAAAACGAGGAUGCUUCUGAAAACAUGGAGGAGAACGGUGGUACUGCCUCUUCACAGGCUAAUAUGGAGUACCUGAAGAACAUUGGAGUGGGAGUGGCGGCCAUAUUGAACCCCUUUGGCAUAGAUGUGGACAUCGACGUUGAGCAUGAUGGGAAGCAGACCAAAUUUACAGCAAGUCAUCCUGCCUCCAGUGGGCCACGUAGUGCUCGGAGUGAGAGCGGCUCCAGUGGCUCUGGUCCAGGAAGUCAGCCCACUGAAGAGAGCAACAGUGAGGGAACAAAGAAACAACAAGGAAGUGAUGAGGAAUGGACUCAUCUCUGCUCUAAAGAGGUGGACCCAUCCACAGGAGAGCUUCAGUCUCUCAGGAUGGAGGUGGAUGGGACUGAUCCUUCAGACCUGCCAAGUACAGACUCCAGCACAAGCACCUCGCAGGGUCCCAGUGGUCUGCGUGAGGCAGCUCUCUACCCACACCUUCCUCAAGAUGCAGACCCCAAGCUGGUGGAGUCUCUUUCUCAGAUGCUCUCCAUGGGCUUCACCGAUGAGGGUGGAUGGCUGACCAGACUGCUCCACACUAAGGAUUUCGACAUCGGAGCUGCCCUGGAUGCCAUCCAGUACUCCAAACCCGGCUCACAGAAGUAGAGAAGGAGCGCGGGAAUCCAGAAGACCUGGGCCAUACCUAACGCUGUUUGAAACCUCUGGCCUAUUUUCUAUUAACGGUCUUUGCAUACUUU